AUGCGCUCCCCAGUGCCACCCACCCACACCCACACACCCAUUCAUAUUUCACUAACGGUCUCCGAGAAGGUCCAAGUAGAGCGCAGGUGGUUCGCAGUCAGCCUUAGCUCCAAGGCCGGCCCCAUCACCAUCUACGCCCUCGAUGCCCACCGUCCCGAGGCGGCCUUCUCCGCGGCACACCCCACUUCUUUGCAGCUCUUCGGAUUUAACAAGAUUCAAGCGGCUGCGGCCAGCAUUGCGCGCACAGAGAGGAUGAUCCGGCGCCGGUUCACUCGUGAGUAUGCUUCUCUCUCGUCCUCAAUUGACCUCGUCCAGGUGCCCGAGGCGAUGCCGGUGGUUGAGGUCGAGGCUGCGGUCGAUGGUGAGGUUGAGGCGACGGUUGAGAACGAUGUGGUGGCUGUCGAGUCGAUGGAGCAGGUCGGAGCGGUUGCUGCGGUUGCUUUGGUCAAUGGUGAGGAUACUGUUGAGGGAGAGGAGGCUGUUGUGAGCGAGGUACAAUGUGUCAUCCCGGCAGAGUCGCCGCAAGGUAAAGGGACGGAAAGGCAGGGACUAUCCAAGGACAAGAACGAGGACACCCUACAGCGACGGACGAUACCCGACCUGUCUCUCAAAGGAAGUUUCUUGAUGGGAUUGGAGAGGCUACACGACCAGGCCGAUUUCGAACCCGACGACCCGCGGAGUCCAGGACAGGGUAAGCUCAAGGCACGAUCCCGGCGAAAGGCGAUAAUCCACGUCAAGCCCGUCCAAACCGGUUCUGUUCGACGAUGGGUCAUUACGAGAAUGACCUGGGCGACGGAAUGCGUCUUCUUUUCUCUCGGACUGUCGAUCAAUCUCCCCGGCCUCGAGUUCCGUAACGGUCACUGGCAAGAGUCGUUCAAGUUUCGCCUGGACUGCUCGCGGUGUAGUGUCUGUUUCUAUUAUCUGUUAAAGCGUGGAGGUGUUGGGUAUCAAAAGAUCCCUGGGCCACGAAAUGCGUCUUCUCUUGUUCCGGACUGUCGUUGGAUCUCCCCGGCCGGGGAUUCGGUAACCGUCGCUGGCAAGAGCUGCAUGUCAUGGAUCGCCCUACAUGGUCCCGGUAUAACCGUUGGAGUGAGGCCGCGAAAUGCGUCUUCUUUUGUCUCGGACUGUCGUUGGAUCUCCCCGGCCGGGGAUUCGGUAACCGUCAUGGACAAGAGCUGCACGUCAUGGAUCGCCCGCCAUCAGCCAAGUGUGACCUGGAGUGCAGCCCGGUUUCUCUCCAGGGAUCCACCCGCCGCAGAAAGACGCUCAAUAGCGAAGGGGUCCGUCUCGUCCGAGACGAGUAUACAGCUAUGUUCCACGAUUUCUGAUUUGAGAAUCAUCUUGCUGACUCGGGGGCGUGAUCUGACCCGCCCCCGGUCCUCUAACGAAGUCACGGCAAUGCAGUGCGUACCUUUCUUCCCCUGA